AUGCCGUUCCCUUUUGUGCUGCCCACAACAUCAGCCUUCUCAUUCUCAUCCUCUUUCAACUGCGACUCACACCCCUCUCUUCCAUUGACCGCCAGUGGCCAACGAGGUGUAGUAAGAGAUGCCUUAAAGAAGCACAAGAGACUACCGCCGAAUGCACGCAUCGGCAGCCUGGGCACCGUCAUUUCCAGCAUCGAAGGCUACCUACCCUAUCUCCUCGCCGUAGAUGCCGGCGUCAGCUCACACUGCUUGGAGGGUGGUGAAGUUAUCAGUGUGGUUUUAAAGACGACGCCAUCUAUUACCUGGAGACCGACAUUAUCCGGAGACAUUGUUCCGGGCAGAGAACGCCCUCGCGUGAAAAUCACCUCAUUGGAAUAUGAGAUAUUUUUUGUCCUGUCCUCGUUGGCAUAUGCGUACACCUUGACGGCCAGAUCGACUCUGCAGCCGUUGUACAUGACCACGACGAGUUUCCUCGGCACCAAGGAGCGAACCACGGCCAUCACCACCGCCACAAAGUAUCUCCUUGACGCGGCCUCGAUUUAUGACUACUUGUCCUUGCGGAGCGAGCAAAUUUCCAGCACGGCACCCUGCGCAGAUGUUGCACCCACGACAGCUAGAGCACUCUACUCUCUGGCACUAGCAGAAGCCACGCUGCUGGCAGUCCUCAAAGAUGACCCCUAUCCUGCGGCCGUGGCGCAGGACAGGAAUAAGACUGACAAGGAAUGGAUGUUCAAAGCCCCCGAUAUCCCCAAAGUACGGGCUCACCUUUUUGCACGACUGUGUCUCGCUGCGUCUGAGCAUGCAGCCAAAGCGGCAUCCUUGUUACAGUCUGCUGGCUCUGGAACAAACAAGGUAAACCCAGUGUUGCUCAAAUAUCUGGACGAUCUGCGCCGCACAAGCAGAGCGAAGGCUUGUAGAUUUUUCGGUAUUGACGCUGAGCUGGGGGGACAGACUGCCGAGGGUAUCGGCUGGCUUCGAGUUGGCCUGCAAGAACUAGGUGUAGAAGCCAAGGAGGCCAAGAAAGGAGGUUUCAGCUUCAGCAAGCUAAAGAAGGAUAUAAGUGAGAAGCGAGAGGAUCGUCGUGUAGAAAAGGAGACGGACUGGGGUUCAGAUGCGGGAAGGCUUGAGGAGACGAGGAUUAUUGAGUUGCUGGAUGAUAAAUGGAACAAGAUUAAUGAUACAAUGAACACACAAGCUAUCCCGCCUGUUAGCAUGCUUCUCCCCAAGAUGCCAUCUGGUCGAGAAAUCCACACCGUCAAGGCAUAUCAGCCACCCACACUAGAUCGAGACGUGUUGGAAGCAAUGCGUUCAUUACCAGACAGAGAGGACGAUGUCGUUGAUGAUUUGAGCUCGGAUGACGACACCAAGGGCGGGUCGUCUGUUCCGGCUGGCGCAUUUCCAGGAACGUCUGCAGAGUAUGGUGUGAGUCGGAGCGGCAGUGGGAAUGCAUACUACUAG